UGUGGUUUCGAGCUACAAUAUCAGUGAACGGGAUUCAUACUUUCUAUCCCAAAAACGAAUCAGCCAAAACAAAACGGUUACCCCGCAUCACAAGCAUUCCAAGCUUCAAGCUCUUACCUACCCACCCUACGGAGUGGUAGCUAUCAACAAACAACUUUGGUUCUAAAAAUCCCACGUCCAGCCUACAACUCCAAUCAAUCAACUUUUAUACACUAUCUAUUCUCCCUAAAGUCAAGGUGCACUGUUCUCCAAAAUGGUCAAAGUCCUCAUCAUCGGCGCUACGGGCUACCUCGGACUCGCGCUCUCCCAAUCUCUGCUGCGGUCCGGGGGCUACAAAGUAUGGGGCAUUGCCCGCACCAGUGAAAAAGCCCGGCAACUCGCUCUCGAGGAAAUCACUCCCGUCGAAUGCCCUGACCCAGUCAAUUCCCCAGAAGCCUACCUGUCCGUGAUCCGGGACGAGCGGAUCGACAUUGUCGUCGACGUAGCAGGGACGUACCAAGACAGCGCCAAGAUCCUGUCCGACCUCGUGCGGGCCGGCAAAGAGCGGCUGGCGAGCUACGAGCGGAACCGGACACGGGGCCCUAAGCUGGGCUUCGUGUACUGCUCGGGAGCGUGGGUUCAUGGAUCCACGCUGGAGCCCGUGAGCGACCUGACGCCCGUUGGGACAGACGAUGCGCCUGCUCCGCCGUCGAAGAUCGUCGCCUUCCGACCUGCCAUCGAGCAGGCCGUGCUGGCCGCGGGCUCGUCGCAUUCGGGCUCGCAGUCACCCGGGUCGAGCCCGGCGGCGUUCGAAGGCGUGCUGGAUACGAUAGUGGUGCGGCCUGCGCUGGUCUAUGGCCGCUCGUCGUGGAGCUUGGUGCCUCUGUUUGGGCCGAUUCUCGAAGCGGCGGUUGCGGGAGGAGGCAAGACGAAGAUGGGAACCGAAAAUAACACGAUUCAGGUGCCGCUGGACAAAGAUGCGGUGUCGGGCUUGCUGCAUGUGGACGACACGGCGUCCGGACUGCAUGCGGCUGUGGAGAAGCUGCCCCUGAUUGCCGGCACGGGCGUCUAUCCCGUCUUCGACCUCCUCACGAGCACGGAGAAGAUGACCACGAUUGUGGAAGCGGCCGCGCGGGAGUUUGGGUACAAGGGCAAGAUUGAAUAUACAGGGCCCGGAGGCCAUCCCUUCCUCGAGGCCCUGAGCUCGAAGAUGGUCCUGGAUGCAAGUAGAGCGAAGCAGUUGCUUGGCUGGGAGCCAAAGCGAAUUGGGUUCUUGCCGCACGCAGAUGUGUAUGCUAGAGCAUUCGCUGCGGCGCAGAGCGCUGCGCGGUCGUCGUCGUGAUCGUCGUGAUCGUCGUGAAGCUUGACAUGCAAGGAUUUAUAUUUUACAAAGGAAGGCUUUGUGCCAUUUUACAGGGUUUUGGUUCCGGAAAGAGUUUUAUGACAUGAAGGCCAAGGAAUUAAUAUUUCGGUAUUUAUUGCCAUGAGGACAAUAUAAUUGAU